CCAGGCCCGUACGGGGUCCAAUCAACCUCUUAUGCAGUCAUGCUGGGUACAGUCACUAGGAAACCUAGUGGGCUACAACAGGGGAGUAGCUGGGACUGCAGUAGACCAGAGCCGGCCUGAAAGGCAAAGGCAUUUCUCAACUGGAAUUCAGGCCAUGAAUACAUAUUACAUGAAAUUUCUUAAUUAUCAGAGGUAUCAUGAACCAAGCUGAGCCCACGAGCUGGAGACGGUUAGCCACCUCAUUCUCUGGGUGCAGACCUAGUGCAGAUAAUCGUAAAACUGGGUACACAGUGGGGCUAAGAAGGUGGCUCAGCAGGGAAGGUGCCCGUCGCUUCAGCAUGAGGACCUGAGUUCAAUCCCCAGCACCGGGUACUAAGCAGGCAUGGUGGCGUGUGAUUGUAAUCCCAGCACUGGGAAAGUGGAGACAGGCAGACCCCAGGGCUAGUCAGCUAGCCUGGGUUAAAAACAGCAAGUCUCACGUCCCAGUGAGAACCCAUCUCCAGAAAAAGGGGUGGAUGGCUCCUGAGAAAGGACACCCAAAGUUGACCUCUGACUUCCACAAUACGUACACACACCUGCACAUUACAGUACAUGUGUGCGCACCCGUGUGCGUGCACACAAACACACACACACACACACAAUGUAUUUAAAAGGGGAAGAGCAUGGGCUAUGAGUGUGACUCAGUAAGACUGCUUGCUCUGCAAACAUGAGAACCUGAGUUCAAAUCCCACCUCCCAUGUGAAAGCCAGACACAGAUGGAUGUGUCUGUAGCCCCAACACUGAAGGAUGGAGAAAAGCAGAUCACAGGAGCUCACUGGCCAGCCAGCUGAGCUGAAGCAGCAAGCUUCCGGUUUGCUGAGAGACCCUGCCUCAAGGCAACAAGGCAGAGAGCCUUAGAGGGUCCUCAGGGGACAUCUGCCAACAGUCAAGCAAACCAGGCCCAGUCAGACAUUUCUUUGUCCAUCAACGCUUAUGUACCUGCUUCCUGUUUGUGGACGUGAUACAGGUGUUAAGAUAAACAUUCAUGCAAUAACCAGCCAGGAUUGAGCCCCUGGCCCUUGUCCAGGACUUUGUCCUUCCUGAUCCCCUGGAGUGGAUCACAUGAUUAAACUCAUUUCACAGGUAAGUGACUCACCUGGCUGUCUGGCUCCGAAAUCUGUCACCUCAAUACCAGGGCUUUUCUCCUCAGCAUGAAGGAUCUUCUCAGCCAGAUGACUGGCAGGGUUGUCAUGGACUACCUCCCUGGCCCCUCUGCUGGAAGCUAGAACUCCCCAACAUAUCAGUCAAAACUACCUCAGACAUGGCCGAAUGUCCCAUGUGGAUUAAGUCCACGCCACUUGAGAGGAACUGGCCUGUGCCCAGCCAUCCUUCUCAGCUAAGCCAAUCUGAUAAAAGCUGGCUGGGCUAGGGAUGCCUGCCACUCUGGCAGAGUGCCUACCCAUCAUGCACCUGGGCUCAGUCUCCACCACCUCACACGUGAAACUAACCCAACGCCAGGACCACUCUGACCCUCAUGGACCCCAGUUAUCUCAGAGGCCCGCCUCCAAUCCCCACACCAAGAAGUCAGAGCCCCAGGCUGGUGAGAUGGCUCAGCAGGUAAAGGCACUUGUCAAGCUCGCUGUGGCCGAGUUCCUUCCCCAGAGCCCAUGUGAAAGUGCAUGGAGAGAACCAGCCCCACAAAGCUGUCCUCUGGCUUCCACACCCAUACACGCGCGCGCGCGUGCACACACAUCUGCCACACAGACACAGCCACUACCACACCCACAAUAAUAAUAGUCUUUUAUAUGUUACAUAUUAUUACAUAUAUUGGGGGAGCUAGAACGAUAGCUCGGUCUUAAGAGCACUGGUUUCUUUGGCAGAGGACCAAGAUUCGAUCCGCAACACCCACAUGACAAUUUACAGCCACCUGUAACUCCAUUUCCAGGGACCCCUACAUCCUCUUCUGGCCGCCUUAGGCACCUGCACACAUGUAAUACAUACAGACAAAUAGGUGCACACACACAUACACACAAACAAAAAUAUUCAGAACCCACAGUGGCAUUUUUAAAUAAAAUAAAAAUGCAUAUUCUUUUUUUUCAACCUGUCAAGGGUUUCAACCUGCGGCCUUUGGGGCCCAGACCAGGGAAGUGUCUUUAGAAUCCACAGUCAGAGAGGGACUCCGCUAAGACUCGGGGUUCACCAGGGGUCUCUCUUCCUUCUCCUCCCCAGGCCCAAGAGGGAUGUGAAGCCCCAAAAUGACCCUGUUACCGGGAGACAACUCGGAUUACGAUUACAGUGCCCUGAGCUGCACCUCAGACACCUCCUUGCACCCCGCCUUCUUCCCACAGCGCCAGGCCAUCAAAGGGGUCUUCUACCGCAGGGCCCAGCGGUUGCACCCGGAGGACGACCUGCACCAGGGCAGCUCACUGGGGGACCGCCGGCGCCAGAUCAUCAUCAAUGUGGGGGGCAUCAAAUACUCGCUGCCUUGGACCACGCUGGAUGAGUUCCCGCUGACGCGGCUGGGCCAGCUCAAAGCCUGCACCAACUUCGAUGACAUCCUGAGCGUGUGUGACGACUAUGAUGUGACCUGCAAUGAGUUCUUCUUCGACCGCAACCCUGGAGCCUUCGGCACCAUCCUCACCUUCCUGCGGGCUGGCAAGCUGCGGCUGCUGCGGGAGAUGUGCGCCCUGUCCUUCCAGGAGGAGCUGCUUUACUGGGGUAUCGCCGAGGACCACCUGGACGGCUGCUGCAAGCGCCGAUACCUGCAGAAAAUCGAGGAGUUCGCCGAGAUGAUGGAGCGCGAGGACGAGGAGGAGCCUCUGGACAGCGAGGACCAAGACACUGAGGGUCCGUCCACCGGUGAGGGCCGCCUGGGCCGCUGUAUGAGGAGGCUGCGGGACAUGGUGGAGAGGCCACACUCGGGGCUGCCUGGCAAGGUGUUUGCCUGCCUGUCCGUUCUGUUUGUCACCGUCACCGCCGUCAACCUGUCUGUUAGCACCCUGCCCAGCCUGCGGGAGGAAGAAGAACAGGGCCAGUGUUCCCAAAUGUGUCACAACGUCUUCAUCGUGGAGUCCGUGUGCGUCGGUUGGUUCUCCCUUGAGUUCCUGCUCCGCUUCAUCCAGGCGCCCAGCAAGUUCGCCUUCCUGCGGAGUCCACUGACCCUCAUCGACCUGGUGGCCAUCCUCCCGUACUAUGUCACACUGCUGGUGGAUGGCGCUGCCUCCAGCCGCCGCAAGCCAAGCACCGGGAACAGCUACCUGGACAAAGUUGGGCUGGUGCUGCGCGUGCUGCGGGCACUGCGCAUCCUCUAUGUGAUGCGCCUGGCCCGGCACUCCCUGGGGCUGCAGACGCUGGGGCUCACAGCCCGCCGCUGCACGCGCGAGUUCGGGCUUCUGCUGCUUUUCCUGUGUGUGGCCAUUGCCCUCUUUGCCCCACUGCUCUACGUCAUCGAGAACGAAAUGGCCGACAGCCCCGAAUUCACCAGCAUCCCUGCCUGCUACUGGUGGGCCGUCAUCACCAUGACGACCGUGGGCUACGGAGACAUGGUACCUAGGAGCACGCCUGGCCAGGUGGUGGCUCUGAGCAGCAUCCUCAGCGGGAUCCUGCUCAUGGCCUUCCCUGUCACCUCCAUCUUCCACACCUUCUCCCGCUCUUAUCUGGAGCUCAAGCAGGAACAAGAGAGGGUGCUGAUCCGCAGGGCCCAGUACCUCAUCAAAACCAAGUCGCAGCUCAGUGGCAUGUCCCAGGACAGUGACAUCUUGUUUGGAAGUGCCUCUUCAGACACCAGGGAUAACAACUGAGGCCAGAAGACAUCCCUGCCCUGCCUGCCAGCUGCGGCUCCGUGCAACCACCGUCACCAUUGAAGCCUGGAGAAGGACGUUUCCGAUUUCAAGGCCAGCCCUGGCCCGGGACUGACCUGAGUGAGCCACGCCACAAGAAGGAUAUGUGCCACAUCACCGAGAGUCACUGCCCUCCCUCAGAGCCCAGAAGCGAAAGGGAAGCGAACUGAGGCCAGCACCUCACCCACCCUAGCCUCACAUCUGUUUCCCACCCUCAGGAGCCAACUGGCUCCUUUCCACGUGUAAAGAACACAGGGGACUGUGUGGAGAGAAGUCCAGACAGCAGGCAGCCACACAUGACUGACUUUAACGCGUCCACUGAAGAGGGAAAAGCCCUCCCCUGGGGCUCUCGAGGAAGGAGCCGUGUCUCUAAGUGAAGCCAGCAGCGGGGUAGCAGAAGUGAAAGGGCCAUGUUGCUGGGGUCUCGGGGCUGGCGAGACCCCGGUGGGAUGGGAGCAAAGGGAACAGACAGACCUUUAGGGAGACCACCAUGGAUGCUGUGUCCAGCCUCCUGCUGCUCCGGACUCCCGAGCCUGUCCUUCAUCCUGCUUCCUGCUCACCUCCGCCCUGUCCUCUUUCACGCCUUGAGAGCCCCUUCCCAGAAUCCCCUCAUCCCAGUGGGGGACACCAUAAGCCGGUCAGCGCUACUGACUUUAAAGGUGAAGUCACCUCAUUGUAUGGCUUAAAUAAGUGAGAUUUUAGCCUACUCCAAUUUAAUAUUACAAAAACAAACAAACAAACAAACAAACAAAAAAAAAAAACAUUUUAUACCCCUUACCAGCUCCUCAGUCCAAACCCACAGUGGGCCAGUGCUUCCUGCAGAUGCAGCCCUGGGAAGUCUUGGGAGUGUGUGGAACCUCCUCUGUGCCCUAAAGGGAGCCACUCCCUGGUCUCAAAAGCAUAGUUUGUGCACCAAGACGGACCCCAGGCCAAGCUAGAAGACUCCAUCUCAGCUCACUGUGUCUGAGUCCUGGGUGCCUGGCACUAAGAGGAAGUCACACAUGCACAUGUACACACAUGCACGUGUACACACAUGCACUGUACACACAUGCACAUGCACACACAUGCACACACACUUGUCCCCAGCCUCACAGGUGCAACAGCUUCCCUAACUGCUUUAUCCCACAUCCCAGCUGCCUUCUCUCUGUUCAGCAACAGAAAUUGCACAUUGAGACACGUCUGGUUCUGACUGGGCUGUGCAGCUCAAAUCCCUGCCUGCUGCCACAGUCUCCAGCUUUUCCCACACCUCCACACCUGUCCAGACAGUCCACCGGCCCCUCCCACACCUCCACACCUGUCCAGACAAUCCACCGGCCCCUCCCACACCUCCACACCUGUCCAGACAAUCCACCGGCCCCUCCCACACCUCCACAACUGUCCAGACAGUCCUCCAGCCCCUCCCACACCUCCACAGCUGUCCAGACAGUCCACCGGCUCCUCCCACACCUCCACACCUGUCCAGACAGUCCUCCAGCCCCUCCCACACCUCCACACCUGUCCAGACAAUCCACUGGCCCCUCCCACACCUCCACACCUGUCCAGACAGUCCACUGGCUCCCCCGACCUCCACACCUGUCCAGACAGUCCACUGACCCCUCAAGCCUCCCUUCAGACACGCCAGCCCACCCCAUCUCAUCGCGGACCUUCACCCCUGCAGCGCCACCUGCUGGAAUGCCCUCCCUAAGGAACACUGCAUGGCUGACUCACUCCUUCCGCUGCCUCCCUGUCCUGAGCACCCACUCCUGCAGUUUCCCCAUCUUCUCCUUUCUCUGCUGGAUCUUUGCCGGGUGAAACUCACUUCUCGGCUCCUGCGCUCUGGUUCGUCUCCCACAGGACCAGCUCAGUCUAUCCUGUCAGGGACUCUAAAGCGGUUCCCUCCCUGCUGCCUCCCAGGACCUCGGGCAGGUUAGCACCUAAGAGGCGCUCAGAAAACACUUUUGAAAGGCAGAAUAAAGUGGAAACAGCAAAAAGAAACAGAGACGGAAAAUGUAUCCAUUGCAGCUUGGAUCUGAACUGUCCCUGCCUAUCUAGAGCCAUACCACCCCAAAUGUGCCUGAUCUCACGUGAAAUGUCACCCAGAAGCUCACAUGUCAAAGACUUGGUUCCCCAUGCAGAGGUGGGACCUCUGGUAAUGCAGUCACAAGGGCUCUGACCCCAUCAACGGAUCAACCCAUGAUAAAUCCACAGCUUUCGAAGCACGCUGGGAAGCGGUAGAAACUUAGAGAGGGUGGGGCCUGGUUGGAGGAAGUAGAUCAUCAGAGAUCUGCCCUUGAAGGGUGUGUUGCUCCAGAUAACUUCCUCUUGGUUUUCUCUCUGCUUCUGGCUCCAGUGAGGGGAGCAGCUGAGUACCACAACAUACCCUAGUGGGAUGCUGCACCUUGAAGUGGGCCAGAAACAAUGGAGACGAAUGACCAUGGACUGAGACCAGAAACCAAAGUAAACCUUCCCUCCUUCAA